AUGCUCGCCGCAGAAACCGUCCACCUUCAACCGAAUCACCUACCCCCCGAUUACAAUGGGCACAACAGUAGCAUAUUCACCAACAAACAGCGGAUAUUCUUCCUACCUUGGCCACGCCCAGCCCCAGUUCAGGUUGAAAAUGUACCGGUAGAAGAGAAUGAAGAGAUCAAGGAAAAACAAGUCCAGCAGCAACCCCAGCAACCGCAACUGCAGACAGAAAAACAACCUCAACAAGUGAUAUGUCCCUACACAGCUCACCUCAAAGCUGAAGAGGUCAUGAGCAUAGUUGAGGGCUAUGGAUACCACGAAAGAAAGGGCCCAGAUGGAGAAGGCUGGCUAGGAAGAGCAUCUUUCACGCCACGAGUACAGAAACACAUCGUUGCCAACGAGAUCAUUCCAAUGGUGCUGCCCGCUUUUCCCAUGAAGAGCAACAACCGUAUGGAUAAGGUGUUGUGUGCACUACCUGAUCUCGGAGAGGAGCUUGGCUUGGCUCGAUUGAACAAUCUUUGCUCUGAUAUCAAGGCUAUCUAUCCCCCUGGAGCAUUUGUUGUGAUUGUUACCGAUGGUCUAUGCUACAAUGACCUUGUAGGCAUCUCUGACGGAGAAGUAUGGGAAUACGGACAUCGCCUACGGCAGAUUGCCCAAGAAAAAGGAUACGCAUGCAUCCGAUUCAACCGUAUCAUGAACUUGUUGGGCAUUUACAGUGGCGCCGAGAUCUCCAAGGAUGAGUACACCCAGCUAUGUGACAAAGCUCGAUCCGAACUUCAUCGUCGCUAUGGUCGUCCGGGAUUCGAUGUUGACAAGUUCCUCAAGAGUGAUGAGGAUUAUUUGAGGACCUAUAAUGGAUAUGACAAAUUUAUGAAGGUCGAUCUUCGCUUCAGCCCGGUGACAAAAAACUGCCCUGGCCCGAAGCAAUAUAAGAAAAAGGUCAAGCUUGUUGCAAAGUCAAUGAUUGUACGAGGAGUGGAAUUCGCCGAAUUAGUCCGCCAAAUCUACCCAGACAGCCUCCGUCUCUCUAUCCACCCUUCCUCCGGCCAAACCAAGCUCUCAUGCCCAUUGAUCCCGCAACCAAACUCAUUUUCCAUGAGUCCCUGGCAUAGUACCGUCGCCGUAACCAGAAGCGGCACUUUCGUUACUGCACACAAAUCCCAACACCGUUCAGAUGACAAGUAUAUGCUCAUUCGCAAAGAUGGGCAGCCGUACUAUUUCCGCGAGAAAUCGGGGCUCUUUGAGUGGGAAACGGAGAAUGUGGAGUUUGAGCAUGGUUACAAGCAGAAUUUGGUGGUUAGAGAGACGACAGUGCAGAAGGAAGCGUCUUCUGAUUCCGCCAGCGGAUCAUCUCCCAAUGGCAAUCUAGACGUUAGUCAAUCUGGAGAGCUCUCUGAAGCCGACUUGGACAAGUUGGCUAAAUUGGCUAUUCUGCAUAAGAGUUUCAGAUUUGAAUCUGCAAAGUAA